AUGGCCAAUGCCUUUGCCACGCUCGACGACAACUCGGCCGCCGGCUCCGUCGCGGGCGGCCUGGGCAACUACGACCGUGCCGGCGGCUCCGGCGAGCUGGACCUGAUCCCGCAGCGCAGCGCUCCGCCGCCGCCCGGCAGCUCGCCGGGCUCGCGCUACGGCGGCGCCGCGGCUGCCUCGUCGGCCGGCGCCAGUGCCUCGGCGUUCGUGCGGCCCGGCACGUCGAGCUCCUCGUCGUCGCCGUACGCGCCCAAGCCGCAGCGCUCUUCGUACAUCGCUGGCUCCUAUCGCCCCGGCGGGCCGUCGGGCCUCACGAGUGCAGGUGCGGCACCCACACGUCCCGGUCUGCCGAGCACCAACACCGGGCUGCCCUCGAGCUACUCGAGCUCCUCUGGCAGCGCGGGCGGUCCUCCGCGGCCCGUGCGCUCAAACACAAACGACGGCAACAUGUACAGCUUUGCCGCGCCGGCCGGCUCGUCGAGCGGCUUUGCACCGCCGUCCGGUGCGCGCGCGCACGCCAGUGUCUCGGGUCCCGCUCCGUCGCCGCACCUCACUGCCAGCUCGCCGCUCGGCAGCUCGUCGCCCAACUUUGACGCGGCAGGCGCCGGCUCGCCGAAUCUCGAGGGCGACGCCUACGGCAGCGGCGGCUCGCAGAGCCACUUUGUCCAGGGCUCCCGCUCGCGCGAUGGCGGCGCGGGCGGACCCGGCGGACGCAACACGUUCAAGUCGGCGUUUGGCGGCUUCCUGAACUCGAUGAGUGAUGUCUUCUCGCAGCAGAAGAAGAUCGAGAUCUCCACGCCCUACGACCCCGUGCACUUGACGCACGUGGGCUUCAACUCGGACACGGGAGAGUUCACGGGUCUGCCGAAGGAGUGGCAGCAGCUGCUGCAGGACUCGGGCAUCUCAAAGCAGGACCAGGAGGCGAAUCCGCAGGCCGUGAUGGACAUCGUGGCCUUCUAUCAAGACGCCACGCAGAACGCCGCCGACGAGGAUGCAGUGUGGAAGAAGUUCGGCAUGGCCAAGGGCCCCGCCUCGCCCCUGCUCGGCGCGGGCGGAGCACAGGAGAGACGGCCGUCGGAUGCAGGCGCAGGCGUGCCGCCGCCGCCGCCGAGCAAGACGGUGUAUGAGAAGCCGCGCGCGGCGCCGCCGCCACCAGGCCCCGCCGUGGGCCUGCAGGCCAAGAAGUCUCUGCGACGACCCACGUCCGCCGAGCUGCGCGCCGGCGGCGCACCGCAGCCUGCGGCGGGUGCCGGCGGCGAUCUCAAGCCCGCACGACCGGCGCCCGCACCUGCGUCGGCGCCCUCCAAGCCCGUGCCGCUGCCCAAGCCUGCGGCCGGCGCCAGUUCUGCGCCCACGAGCAGUCGUUCCUCGCCGGCGCAGCGCGCGCCCGACCUGCCCGCCGCGCCGCCGAAGGCGCCCUCGCCCGCCGCGGGUGCGGUAGCGGCAGGCGCCGUGGCCAAGUCGCAGAAGGGCCCCGGCGCCACGCCGCGCCGGCGAGAGACGAAGAAGGCGGGCAUGAACGACGCGGACGUCAUUGCGCGCCUGCAGGCCAUCUGCACCGAUGCCGACCCGACGAAGCUGUACCGCAGCCUCGUCAAGAUCGGGCAGGGCGCGUCUGGCGGCGUGUACACGGCGUACCAGGUCGGCUCGAACCACUCCGUGGCGAUCAAGCAGAUGAACCUCGAGCAGCAGCCCAAGAAGGACCUCAUCAUCAACGAGAUUCUCGUCAUGAAGGAGUCGCGCCACCGCAACAUUGUCAACUACAUCGACUCGUUCCUCUUCAAGGGCGACCUGUGGGUCGUGAUGGAGUACAUGGAGGGCGGCAGCCUCACCGACGUGGUGACGUGCAACAUCAUGACCGAGGGCCAGAUUGCGGCGGUGAGCCGCGAGGUGCUCGAGGGCCUCAAGCAUCUCCAUGCCAAUGGCGUCAUUCACCGCGACAUCAAGAGUGACAACAUCCUGCUGAGCAUGAACGGCGACAUCAAGCUGACCGACUUUGGCUUCUGUGCGCAGAUCGGCGAGUCGCAGGCCAAGCGCACGACGAUGGUCGGCACGCCCUACUGGAUGGCGCCCGAGGUGGUGACGCGCAAGGAGUACGGGCCCAAGGUCGACAUCUGGUCGCUGGGCAUCAUGUGCAUUGAAAUGGUCGAGGGCGAGCCGCCGUAUCUCAACGAGAACCCGCUGCGUGCCCUCUACCUCAUUGCCACGAACGGCACGCCCAAGAUCAACAACCCCGAGAAUCUCUCGGCCACGUUUCGCGACUUUCUCAAGACGUGUCUCGACGUCGAUGCCGAGCGGCGGCCCGAUGCCACCAGCAUCCUUGGCCACUCCUUCCUCAAGUACUGCGACUCGCUGCGCACCCUCUCGCCGCUCAUCAAGGCGGCGCGCGAGCAGAACAAGAAGUGA